UCAGAGCGCGGUACUCACUAAAGCCGCUCUUAUAUCGCGAUUCGUGUUAAAGCGUCAGCGUAAAAGUUUUGAAACAAAUAACUUAUUAAUGAUACAUUCAACAAAUCAAUCAGUAAAAUAAAGCAUUUUAAGAUAAAGCUUGAAACCUUUUUGAUGUUCCCAAUAUGUAAUAAAUAGAAGUGAAAAGUGCUUAUAUACAUCAAAAAAACUAUAUACUAGUGAUGCAAAUUUUAAAAUGUGAUUACAAAAUGUUCGACUAAUGGAUAAAAUGCAUAAUAAUACUAGUAUCGUGGAUAUCUCUAAGGACUCCAGGUUACAAUUAUUAGACAAAUUAAUAAAAGAGUGCUUUCUAGGAAAUGCCAGUUACAGCAAAAUAUUGACACUGGACAAAAUGGAACCCCAAGAUGAUGAUUUAUGGUGUCCACGAACAUUUGAUGGAUUUGCAUGCUGGGAUGCCGUACCUGCCAGCUCUACAUCAUUCCAAUACUGCCCGGAGUUUGUCAUUGGAUUUGAUCCAAACCGCUAUGCUUUUAAAAGAUGUACAGAAAAUGGCACUUGGUACAGGCACCCAGUGACUGAUAGGUCUUGGACCAACUAUACAACCUGCGUUGAUAUUGAAGACUUAAACUUCCGAAACAUCGUUAACAAUAUUUACAUCGGAGGAUACUCGAUUUCUGUUGUCGCACUGUUGCUGUCUAUAUUUAUUUUCCUAUAUUUCAAAACACUUCAAUGUACGCGUAUACGUAUUCACAUACACCUCUUCACUUCCGUCGCACUGAACAACAUCCUGUGGAUCGUGUGGUACAAGACGGUUGUCCAUCAAGUUGAUGUUGUCCAAAAUAAUGAGGCUUGGUGUCAAGUUCUUCACGUCAUAACAAACUUCUUCAUGGUCUCCAGUUACAUAUGGAUGUUUUGUGAAGGUCUACAUUUGCACAUUGCUCUUGUAGUAGUUUUUGUGAAGGAAGACAUAGCAAUGCGAUGGUUCCUAGCGGUCGGUUGGGGACUGUCUCUAAUCAUCGUCAUGGUUUACGCUAUCGUCAGAUAUAAUACACCCGAAGACACAGAAAGAUGCUGGAUGGACCAAAGCGACGCUUUCUGGAUUAUUAUAGUACCUGUGCUCCUAUCGCUCGUGGCUUCGUUUGUAUUUUUGAUCAACGUGGUUCGAGUUUUGCUCACCAAACUACACCCGGUCCCGAACCAACAUGCUUCAUUAGCUGCUAGAAAAGCAACGAGAGCUGCACUUAUACUGAUACCUCUUUUCGGACUUCAUUUCGUGCUUAUACCAUUGCGGCCACCCUCUGGUACUCAGGAAGAGAGGGUCUAUCAGAUAGUUUCUGCAUUUCUUACUAGUUUACAGGGCCUCUGCGUCGCCGUCCUGUUCUGCUUUACUAACCACGACGUGUUGACCACUACCAAAGCUGCACUAACUAAGAUCCUGAGAACCAGCGAUGUCAUAGCUAUGACAGGAAUAACUGGUGGAGAUAGCUUAGUAAAUACGAGAGAAAACGCAGUUUAAAAUAUCCAACUCUAAACGGUAGUGUAUAAAUAUUAAUAUUAUGCUUUCUGAGAUAAAUUUUAAUACUCCCAGGAAAGAUAUGUUCAUUAGUAGCUUAAAUGUAUACUGUCAUAAGCAGUAAAACUUUAAAAUAUAUAUAUAUAUAUAUAUAUAUAUAUAUAUAUAUACUGAUAAGGCGUAACAGAAAUUAUAUAUUUAACUGUAAACCAACUUUUGUUACUAUGGAACUGAACGAAUUCUCUCUAAGAAGAUAUUAUGUAAUAGCAUUAGCAACAAUUAUUAUAAUAAUAGUCUAUAAUAAUUUAUGUAUCAUCUGUUUGAUUUAUACAUGGUAUAUUGAGUAAAUAGUUUUGCCACUUUUAUCGAAAUUGGUCAAAAAGACAUAAAAAUAUGAUGUUAGACAUUAAUGCUGAAAAAUUUAUACAAAAACUAGAAAAAAGUGUAUUCUAGUUAAGUAUCCGUUCUAUUCCAAUCAUGUUAAGUAUAUAUCUGAUAUCUGAUGCCCUGUUAAUUUGAUGAAAAUAUAAUUAUAUAUAUAUAUAUAUAUAUAUAUAUAUAUAUAUAUAUAUAUAUGUGUGUGUGUGUGUGUGUGUGUGUGUGUGUGUGUGUGUGUGUGUGUGUGUGUGUGUGUGUGUGUGUGUGUGU